AAUGUAGAGGUUUUUAUAUAUAUAUAUAAUUACUACAUGCAGGGCUUUACUGGCAAUUGAUUGGAUGACAAACGUUCAAUUUCAUGGACUGCAGGCUUUAAACUAGGUGAAAUGCUCCAGAAGUUAAAAAAGGGGGCUGACAUGUGAUGUCUAUUGUAAUGGACACAAGGUCUGAAUGGGUUAACUUUUAUUCCUUUAACUUUUUGGUCUAUUACUUGAUGGAAGUCCUGAUUCAAUCUGAAAUUUUAUAUAAGUUAAGCCUUUGUCACUGCAUUCCUCUGCCAUUCUAAAAUCACCGUGAUGCCCCAACUUUUGACUUAUUGCUUUAUCUUCCCAGAAGUCACUUUGUAUCCAGACACAAUAAAUACUGACAGGCUUUUGUAACUAAAUUAAGAACAAAAGGAUUCAGCUAAAGCAGCAAUCAAACAAACCCAGUAAGCCCCCUGCAGACUGUCUCUGCUGUCACUUAAUUCUGACAGAUAACACCUCUGUGAUGCACAUUACGCCCAUUACCCUUUAUCAAGUGUCUGCCACUAAUCCUGACCCCUGCUUCCCCUCCCAAAGGUAAAUAGUGUCCAGCUUACCCAAGCACGCAUCCCUAUUGAUCAUUAUUGAUUCCUGUUCUCGAGGACCCCGCAGAGCUGAGAUGAGGAGUCUGUAUCGGUGAUUCUGUGGAGUCGCUCAAGGGAGUUGUAGAUGAUAAAGCCUGUUAUUUGCCAACGGUCACACUGUAAAUGUAUAAACCUCGCUGGACGUUGUGAUGGAUAACCUGUCACUAGCCCAGACCAACAGAUGUAUGUAAUGCUAUAUUUAUGGCUCCUGGAGUUCUUUUAUUUGAUGUUUUUGAUAUAAGCCAGUUGUGAACGCACAGAUACCAGAUUCUCCUGGGAGAAAUUUAGCAUGAGAGAUUUUCUCAGUUGCGGAUUAACCUUUUUGAAAGAUGAUUCAUCCAGUAAUUUGGGAAAUUUAGAUCUGAUGCAAUCCAAUACAUGUUGAGCCAGGACAUUUAUUAAAAGGGAUUUGAUGAUUCAUGGGGAAUAGGAUUGUGGAUCCUUCACUCUCCCUACUCAGAUAUUGUGGACAUAAAGCCAGCCAACAUGGAAGAGUUGACGGAGGUGAUCACAGCGGCAGAGUUUCACCCUAACCAAUGCAACACGUUCGUCUACAGUAGCAGCAAGGGCUCCAUAAGAUUGUGCGACAUGAGAACCUCUGCACUUUGUGACAACCACUCUAAAUUAUUUGAGGAACCAGAAGACCCCAGUAAUCGCUCCUUCUUCUCAGAGAUCAUCUCCUCCAUCUCAGAUGUGAAAUUCAGCCACAGUGGACGCUACUUGAUGACUCGUGACUAUCUCACAGUGAAGGUGUGGGAUGUGAACAUGGAGAGCAAGCCUUUGGAAACUUACCAGGUCCAUGACUACCUUAGGAGUAAGCUAUGCUCUCUUUACGAAAACGACUGCAUCUUCGACAAGUUUGAAUGUGUCUGGAAUGGAAAUGACAGUGUCCUAAUGACAGGCUCCUACAACAACUUCUUCCGUAUGUUUGAUCGGAACACCAAGCGUGAUGUGACUCUCGAGGCCUCGCGGGAGAACAGCAAACCCAGAGCCAUCCUCAAGCCACGCAAAGUUUGUGUUGGCGGCAAGCGCCGGAAAGACGAAAUCAGUGUGGACAGUCUGGACUUCAGCAAGAAGAUCCUACACACUGCAUGGCACCCCUACGAGAACAUCAUUGCUGUGGCUGCCACCAACAACCUCUACAUAUUUCAGGACAAGGUCAACUAGCGUGUAGCUCGGACGUCUCCAGGUAUCACAGCGGCAAAAGGCGCCAUUUCUCUAGAUGGCUUGAGGUUGGACUCAACAUCUAGAUGAGCUUUGCCUUUACAGCAGAUUUGACGCUGCUCUGAAUCGAACUACACAAAACUUGAAGGUGCAUUGCAAACCACGAACAAUGACACUGGCUGUUGGACUUUUGUUUUUAACUACUUCAAAUCUUCUUCCUCUCAGUAGGUUUAUUGGUUACGCACACCAAUGCAGAGAGGACCCCUUUACUUUUAAUGUAGCUGAUGGCCCUUUCACAUGACUCGUGUCAGGGUUUGACCGCUCUAACCGUCAUGAGAAGCGUUGCAGAUGGAAGCAUGGAAGGAUGUUGCUAGGUUGCAAGAAAGAGGAAAUGUACAAAAUGAAAUGUAAUGAUAUGCUUCAACAGUUAAAGUCGAAUUUGCGUGAAGCAUUUUAGCUCGACACCGUGCCGUGUAGCAUGCAAUGCAUUAGGAGACAUCGAGUCGUGUGAAAGGGCCUUUUCGACCGAGUCAGUAUUCAGCCUACAUUUGAUUCGCACUCCUUGGCAGGACAGAGGACGCAGAUGGCUCUGAUAAUGGAAUAUGUUAUUGUGGCUGCUGAAAUAAUCAGCUUAUUUUUAUUUCUCAGUUUACUUCGUGAAGGUGCACGCAUCAUCAAAACCCAACUUCAGGGUUGACUGAUGCAACAAACAAGUCAUGAUGUAAACGAUGUAGCAAUUGUACUAAUGUUCUGCUUUUGUUCUAAUUUUAUAAAGAAAAGGAGAAAUUUAAUAAAAAUCAAGAGGAAAAUUUUG